GACCAUUAUACUCAAAGCUGAUUGGACGAAGUGUGUCACAUGACUCUUAAGUUUCGUGGUGACGUUCGCACUCAGAGUUGUGACACAAGACGCAUCCAGGAACACAGGAAUGGGUCAAGAAGCAGGCAAAUCUGCAUGGCCCAAAACAACUGGAGGAUAUCAAACCAUCUCGGGCAGGAGAUACGGCCGGAGGCACGCGUAUGUCAGCUUUCGACCCAUUACAGAGAAGCAAAGACCCACAUCCGCGAUGGACAGUCAGAGCAUGAAUGAGAACAGUGAUCAUAAGGACAAAGUGAUGGACACAAAGAGCAGUAUUUCUUCAGUACUUCAGACUAUUCUGCCAAUGGCAUCCUCAAAUUCAGUUUUCCCCGAGCUGAAACCUACGUCAAAUCAGGACGGCCACAACAGGAAACAAAGAGCCGCAAAGGCCCCUUCGAAUCAUUUCCAGAGACCAAAGAGUGACCGGGUUGUGCCGUAUGAUAUCUGUCGUUCUAAUAAAGGACAACGUGAAGUAGAAAGAGUUAAAGAAAACCCCACCAGCCCUGAAGUUCUGAGUUACAUUAACAUUGACGCCUAUGAGCCUGACAGUAGUGGUGCUGAGGAUGAGGACUUGAGUUUUAAUCCAUCUCGGGCCAUCCACCGGAGACUUGACCAUAUGAUUCGCAAACUGGAAGGCGAUGUAGAUGAUUCGCAUCUCGAUGCAAUUACGAGUAAAGAUACAGAACGUUUAGGUCAAGCGGCAUCCUACGGGUCAAAAGAGCUUUGCAGCGACGAACCACGUUUACAAAGAACUGUCAAAGAAAAUGGGAACGUCGGCCACUUAUUGCUCGGUGAAGACCAAGCUCUGAAAUGUCAUGAGGUUACUGCCGGUGCUGGAUCUGCUUCCUGUAAAAGCAUGGGAAAUUUGAACCCCCAAGAAACGUUACAGUCAGAAAUGGUCGUGAGGCCAAAGAUCCGCAAACAGACCAGCGAGACUCACCUUGAAAGGAGGAAAUCCUCAGACAAAAAGGAAGACGGUCAUUUGUCCGACUCGUCCGUUAGAAGCAAAUGUGGCUCUGCGCCCCCUGGUUUCCUCGCACAAACAAGCUCAGACAGUGAGUUCCUCUUUGAUUUUCCACCCAUGGCCUUGACUGACCUUAACUCUGUAGAUAAGAAAUUCGAGGAUGAGGGCAACACUACAGAGGAUGGGAAAGAUGAGGACGUCUGUGAAGAUCUAGAGGACUUUGGAAAGAAGUGUGAUUCAUCUGUAAAGGCCGAAAGAAGCAGCAGCUCAGAUUGCAGUGAAGGCGAGUGGUCGGCCUCGUGGACGUCUGACUCUGGGCUGGAGAAAGAACGGUGCAGCAGUGAAGGAAGCUGGGAGACUCUGCCUGGCUUGGAUGAGCUGCCCGGCUGCAGCAGCAGUCUGGAGGAAGUGCCGUCUCUCAGUCUUAAUCUGGAGGAGCAUACCCCUCUGGAGGAGGGCGAGAUCCCUUGGCUCAUGUAUAACGAGGACUCGGGCACCAGUAGUGAUGAAGACCAAGAUGGUGUCAGUCAGUUUGUUCACCCUGGACUCUUUAUCCUGGACGGCAACAAUAACCUGGAAGAUGACUCCAGCGUGAGCGAAGAUCUGGACACCGAGUGGAGGUUUCUGGAUGAAUUUGGGGAUGGUUUCGGGAUGGCUCAAGCAAUCUCUUACGUGGAUCACUCUCAGCUCCUCACGUACAUGGCAUUAGAGGAGCGUCUUGCUCAAGCUAUGGAGGCAGCGCUGGCUCAUCUGGAGUCUUUAGCUAUAGAUGUGGAGCAAGCCCACCCUCCCGCCACCGAGCAGAUCAUCGACUGCCUACCCCAGAUCACCGUGCAUGCAGACAACACUGAGCAAGAGCAGUGCUGUGCCAUCUGCUGUUGUGAAUAUGUCAACGAUGAGAUCGCAACCCUGCUGCCGUGCCGCCACAUGUUUCAUAAACUCUGCAUCACUCUCUGGCUCAGAAAGUCUGGUACGUGUCCAGUGUGUCGUCACGUUCUGACCCCGACGGUGACCGAACCCACGUCUUUAAACUCGGAGAACGAAACGGCGCCAUCAAGUCACAGUGCAUCUGGAGGAACACGCUAAACCCCCUCCACCCGUCAAUCAAAAUAAUGUGUAAUAAUAUAAUCCCAACUGAUAUGUCUUGAGAAGUGACGAGUUUCAUUCUGUUUAACCCACUGACUUGUGCUGCAAUUCAUGGCUCAGACGUGGCCCAAACUAAAAGUUAUUUUCUGCGAAAAUAUGAAUGCAUAUAAAUUCAUAGGAAGCAUGUUUAUUCAUGUUUCAAUUGAAGUUUGGUUUUGUACAUCCAUAACAACAUUUAUUUAACGUUUCACAGUUCAUGUCAACUAAAAUGCAAUCACUCAAUAAAAGCUCACACUUGGUGUAAAUAAACAAAUCUCUCUCUGUCA